AUGAAGCGGGCGGCUGGAGUGGCCAGGCACAAUGGCCUGGUCUCUCCGCUGGGGAACAACAACUCCGGGGCCUCGAGCAUCGUCUCCCCGACGUUUCUGCGAGCCAACGCGGUCUGCGUCGGUCCAGAAAGCGGUGGAGGAGGAGCAGAAACGGUAGACGGGCUACUGGAUUUCUCUAAAGGCCCCAGCAUCAAAACCGAGCUGGUUUGUAAAUGGAUAGAGCGAACUAGUUCUCGGCAGACUGGGCGGACGGCGACAUCCGUCUGUGAGCAAAGUUUCAGCUCCAUGCACGAGCUUGUGGAGCACGUCACCAGUGAGCACGUCGCGGCUGGGCUGGAGAGCCUGAGUCAUGUGUGCAUGUGGGACGAGUGUCUGCGAGGAGGCAAGGCUUUCAAAGCCAAAUACAAACUUAUCAACCACAUCCGAGUGCACACCGGGGAGAAGCCCUUCUCCUGUGCCUUCCCCAACUGCGGCAAGAUGUUUGCGCGCUCCGAGAACCUCAAGAUCCACACGCGCACACAUACGGGUGAGAAGCCGUUCCAGUGUGAGUUCUGUGAGCGGCGUUUUGCCAACAGCAGCGACCGCAAAAAGCACUCCCAGGUGCACACGGCCUCUAAGCCCUAUGACUGCAAAGCUCUGGGCUGCACCAAGUCCUACACACAUCCAAGCUCCCUGCGCAAACACAUGAAGGUGCACGUCAAGUCCUCACCUACCUCUGAACUGCCAGACCCAUAUGACCCUCUGUCCCAUCAUCUGCAGCAUCAACCUGCCCUGCUGCAACCCUUAAACCUCAAAAUGAGCUUUUCUCCCCCCAUGGCACACAGGACUCUCCACUUUCCUUUGCGCUCCAAUCACGACUUUGACAAAAGUUCUGUGACAGAGACUGACCAUAAAGCUCUGCUCCGGAGCGUGUCGCCCAGCGCCGUCCCUCUGGACCUGUCUCUGUCAGGCCUGAAGAAGAGCCAGCAGCAGCAGAGCCGACAGCCUCGCCGCACUCAGCGCUCUGUCAACCCAGCCAUACCUCACUUCUCCAACAUAAAGGAGUGGUACGUGUGCACCAGGACUACAGCGCCACACUUUCCACUGCUCCACCCAGACCACAUCAAACUGGAGCCCAGUGACGAUGAGGAGUACGGCACGUAG